AUGAAACAAUGCACCAGACUUUUUUCGCAGUUGGAUGUUAAAUCCUUGGUGAUGAAUACUAAGGUAACAUCAAAGGAACAAAUAGUGAACCAUGACAGGCAGAACACCGAAAUCAGAAAGAAUAGGCACGCAAAGAGGCGAGACCCAGACAAGGUGAAAACAAUUAUAAAUGAUUUAUAUCAAAAACUUAAUAAGGAAUAUGCGCCUCUAAAAGCUUCAGAUUUAUCACAAGUCAAUUUUUUCUUCAACAAGGCAAAGGUUAAGUUCGAAUGGAGUGCUCCUACAUUCAAUGAUGUACCAGGUGAAAAGGUUAGGCGCUUGAUGGAAAAAAGGCAGCAAGCAAUACAAACUAUAAUGGAUGAAGAAAAUGAAUUUAUUGCAUCAACAACUUUCAAGAAAGGUUCGAUGACGUUACCUGUUGCGUCUGAGGAUGUCCCUCAGAUUAAUUCUAAUAAAAUGUAUCAAGGUAAGACGGGCGGGAUUCCAUUCGAGUUGAUCAACCAACUACCAGAAAUAGCGUUUUUGGGAAGAUGUAAUUCAGGGAAAUCUACUCUUUUAAACAGUGUCACUACGGAGGUGACAAGAAAUAGUUUAAACGAAUAUGCAAAUGCCUCCAAAAAGGCAGGUUUUACAAAGACCAUCAAUUGUUUCAAUGUAGGUGGGAAGUUUCGCAUCAUUGAUACUCCAGGAUAUGGUACUAAAGGAACUGUGGAACAAGGGAAAGUCACGAUGGAUUAUUUGCAUAAAAGAAGAGAGUUACGUCGCAGUUUCUUGCUAAUAAGUGCCAAUAAUGGAUUUAGCGAAUACGAUGCACAGAUGAUAGAUUUACUUGUUAACGAUGGAAUUCCUUUUGAAAUAGUAUUCACGAAGAUGGAUACCAUCAAAGACAUGGCGCAAGUAGAGAGCAUUAUUGAAGAAAGUAAUGUUCUGCGAUUACCCACAUCUCCUAGAUUCAUUUUCUUAAACUCAAUGACAAAUAAGCGCUGUCAAAAACGUUUCGGAUUAGAUGUUUUACGGUAUGUUGUCCUAGAAGCUUGUGGAUUAUUACCUGGGGUAAGACCUUCCAAGAUAAAGAAAUAA